CUCUCUUCUUUUUUUCGAUGAAGAUAUCGACGUGUUUUUAUGUCAUUAUUUUUUUUUAACAUGUUUUAGACAGCUAACAAAAUUUAAACAGUAUUUAAGCAGCCAUUUUGCUGUCAAAAAUACUGGUAUUUGAUAUUGUUUAGACGCUACGCGGUUCGGUGUGGCAACAAAUUAAAAGCCCGACAAUAAAACGACGUAACUGCACACAAACAACCGUUAACUUACCCGAAGACCUCCCGUUAGUGUACUGAAAUCCAGCCAUUACUGCCAAACCGAGGCUGUAAACGAGCAGCAAACUUGAAAGACGCACCCGACAUGACUGGAGGAUAACUGACAACGCACAGCAGGUGCUCGCACUUCCGUCGCCUUGAUGUAACCGGCUGGUCACCGUUAACGGACCGUAAUCUGGCUAACAGAGAGUGGUGGCUGGCGGUUGGGGCCAUGGCGAGGUCAGCUAGCCGUUGGUCACUUAGCUUCUUAUAGCUAACGGUAGCCUGCCGGACCGUUAGUGUUCUGCUGGACCACCGCGGAGGACAGCGCGCGACCUUGGGGACGUUGUCAUGGAUCUGACGCGGCUGGCUGUGGAUGCUGGUCAGUUCAUCAACCGGGCUGUUCAGUACACGGAGGAGAGUCUAGGCCAGGCGGUUAAGACUGAGUUGGACCCCGGACUGGAGGAGCUCUUGGCCCGGGCAGACGCCACCAAGACAUGGACAGACAAUAUAAUCUCCCAGACGGAGGUUUUACUGCAGCCCAAUACCGGAGCACGAUUAGAGGACCGGCUGUAUGAGCAUCUGGAUUGGAACGUCCCCCCUCGACCUCGUGCACAUGAAGUACUGGGAGAUGAAAUGAUCCAAGCAGGGCUGGAAAUGGGGUCCAACACACCCUAUGGAACUGCACUGCUCAGGUGUGGAGAGACUCAGAAGCAGCUUGGCGAGGCAGAGAGGAAGUUUGUCCAAAGCACUAACAUCCACUUUCUCACCCCUCUGAAGAGUUUCACUGAGGGGGAAUACAGGACCAUGCAGGAUGAGCGCAAGAUGUUGGUGAACAAGCGUUUGGACUUGGACAUAGCUAAGAACAGAGUGAGGAAAGCCCACGAGGCAGAGCGAGAGGGCAGAAAUCUGAAUGCAAACCCGCUGGAAGACGACUACCUGUCUCAUGUAUCUUACAUGUUCAGCUUCCUGCGCGUUAAGUGGUUAAAGAUUUGGGCGCAGGAAAUCUCCCAGGCAGAGAUGGAGCAGAGGAUCUGUCAGAGUCUGUUCGAUCGACAGUCAGAAAUUACGAGAAGAGUCAUGGAAGGAAUCAGCAACACUCAUAUGAACCACAUGCGGAGCUUGACUGACUUUGUGGAAGCUCAGGCCUGUUACUUCGACCAGUGCAAUCAACAUGCUCAGGAGCUUCAGAAGCAGCUGGCCAGCAUUCCAGCAGUCCUCUGCUCUAAUAACUGGCAGUCAGCAAUUAGUAAUGAAGUCAAUCAGCCGUCCACAAGCAACCAUGUAGCCAACGAGCCUGUCGGGUUGAAUCAGGUCUCUCCAAUUCCAAUUAUUGUCCACCAAAUUCCAGACUUCGACCAGGACUCAUGGACUGCAGCUGAAAAAACAACCUCUGUAACCCCACGGCCAAAUCACAACAAUAACAACAACACCUUCUUGUCUGAUGGCCAAACAACCAACCAAGCAUUAGAUCAUGUCACUGCAUCAAAUUCAGAGAGUCACCCAACAGAUCAGACCAGAACGACAACUGCGCAAACCAACGGAGCAACAACUGCAAUAGCCAACGGUGCAGGUGGUCUGACAACAGCUUCCCAACCUUCUGAGCUCAGUGGAACUUCAAAUGAGUCUCAGACAGCAAACGCAGCAGCCACUGAGACCGUAACAACUGAUGACACUGCUAUGGAGACUUUGACAACCAAUGGUGUGGCUGCUGAGCCCCAAACAGCCAAUGAAACCGCAAGCGAGCUGCCUGCCAUUAACGGAGGAGAUGCCCAGGAGUCAUCAGCAGCCAGUGAGGACAUGGUUCAGUAGCUGGGACUGAUUUUGAUGGACGUUCAGCUGAUUUAGACCAGUGGUAAUUAGCUGUGUAGACUUGAGAAUUAGACUGCUUAAUAAAGGACAGAUACAUAAUCAGACUUUAAUUAAUCCCAUAGGGAAGAUAAUGUGAAGUGGUUGUAAAAGUGCUUAUUUUUCUAAACGUGACAUAGUGCCACAACAAUUUUAGCCUUUAACUAUAAUCGCAUAUUAUAUAUGUUGUAUAAAAAUGAUGACUGUUGAGUAUCAGUCCACUCUUGUGGGCAGUGGAUGUAAUGUCUUCUGACUGUUAUAUUUACAGUGUGUGACUCUGAAACGUUGUUUUUCAUCUGUGAAACUAAAUCUUUAUUUUUACAUUUAGCUCAGUGAGAACGAAGCUUUGUGCCAAGUGUAUGUGUGGAUAUUUGUUGGUGUAAAAACAUCAAGUCAUGUGUGAGUGUUUCAUGUCUGUCAGUGACCCCUGUGCACACUGUCACGUGUUCCCCCAAACCUGUGAGACCUUUAAAGAGAGCUGUGUAUGUAUGUGAUUUAGCCACCUUUUGACACAAGUUACUGCAAGUUGAGGUCAUUUUCCACAUGAAACAUGUUACUGACAUGUGUUUGGGUACAGCGAGGUGCCAAAACACCAAGCUGAACAGGACCCUUUAUGCUGUAGCUUGGUAUAAAAUAUGUUUCCUCAUACACACUAUGGGUGUUUCCCCCCCUACACACAGUCAAAUCACAUAUUCACUUUUACCCUUUUACCCCAUUAAAGCCCCCACUAGGUGAACUGGGUAGAAGUUUCCAUGUCCAGAUGUUGUUCAUUUUCUUUGUGAGGGCAGUCCUGCUCUACUGUAGUGUGGGUCCACUCUUGGGACCCUGGAUGGAAACACACACAUUAAUGUAGCACUAACUGUACUGAUGUAAUCACUCACCAGCUCUGUUCUACGCUUUUGUCCCAAUACGUAAAGAUGUGUGUGUGUGUGUGUGUGUGUGUGUAUGGAUCGCUGCAGUAUUCACAGUUCUAUUUGCUGCCAGGUUUAAACUGUGCUUUCAUGCAGUCAUGUUGUUCACUAAGCUGAUGUCAGUGUGAGGUUCAAUUCAUGUGAAGAUGUGGAAAUAAAUAUGCAAACA